AUGAGCGCCAAUCAGGACUACAUAUCGCCGAACGAGCACCUCCAGCGGUCCCUCCAAAACACAUCCGCAUUCGAAGUCUUGGGCCACUUCUGCGGUAUACCCGCUGUCGGCUCCCCCCAACGACUCAAUGAGGCCGCCGUCGUCUGCAUCGACGCAGAGUGGUGGCAAAAAGAGCCGAAACCCACCACCGAGCUCGGAAUUGCAGAACUAAUGCAGAAGGGACUGACCCCAACAAUACACGCCGAAAACAUCCUCUCUAGCAUUCAAGUCGCCCACGCCCGCAUCAUCGAGAACGCGCACCUCACCAACAGAUUCCCCGGUGCUGGUGACCCCGAGAACUUCCUUUUCGGCAAGACCAAGUUCGUCACUAUGGACGAGGUGAAACAGGUACUCAUCAACACGUUUGUGCGACCGCGGGAAUACGGAGAUGGGUCGGAACUGCAGCCUAUCAUUCUCGUCGGCCACGCUGUGGAGAACGAAUUCGAGCAUAUGCAACGCGCAUUCGGAGUUGACCUGCUGAGCUACGGUACUAUCGUCAAGGUCAUCGACACGCAGCUCAUGGCGCAAGAGCUGGGUAUCAAGGCACCACGAGGACCGUUCAUCGGCCUGAAGGACCUUCUCGCACACUUCAACAUGGUUGUACCCAACCUCCACACCGCUGGAAACGACGCAGCAGCUACACUCAUGGCCGCCGUCUUACUCACCCUCAAGCCCUGGAUGUACCCCGACGUCCCCGGCUCGCCACCCGCCAUCGUCCAGGGCCGUAUCGUUGUCGCCGCCUCCGUGGGGUGA